AUGGGAAAGAAUUAUAGGCUUCUUGAAGAUGCUCAUGUUCAUCUUCUAGCUUCUCUACAAUUCAAUUUGGGCAGCUGGUGUAGGUCAACCCUGUGUCUCGAUUAUCUGUCUCUUCUACAUACGCACAUGACUGAUCCAUUGAAGACACUGCCAAAGGAUGAAGGUGUUGAAAAGGUUGUUGAGUUUAUGGAUGCAUACUCCAUUAGUCAGGAGGAUUUUGAAUCACUGAUGCUCAUGUCCAAGUUUCAGGAGCGACCUAAUUUACUUGAGGGUGUGCAACCUGCUGUGAAAGCUACACUGACAAAGGCAUACAAUAAAGGAAGCAAGACACGAGUGAUACGGACAACAGAUUUGAUCACACUUCCAGGCAUUAAAAAAGCUCCAAAGAAACGGGGUCAAGCAAUGCUAGAGCCAAUAGAUGUUGGUGAUUGA